UACUGUGAUCUACAAAACAUCGACUUUUUCCUUGUCAUAUGAAUACUUCCAUCAAUUGGUUAAAAUAAAAGGAUGUACGUUAGCGUCGCAGACGCGAGGAUCAGCUGUUGGGUGCUUGUAGGCAGGGAGGAAGUGAUGCAGGAAAAUGUCCAUAAUGUAGCUCCACUCAAUGACUAAAAGGGGGAAGCACAAAGAAAUUGGGUGCUUUAGUCCGAGCUGGCGUUUUAACUCACACCUAACAGCGAACACAACUCAAGAUGGACUCUAAAGCUAGUUGCUAGCUUGUUGCUUAUUUAUUUUCUAAGCGUGGAACAGAAUUCAACAUUGAUGUGGAAGUUUUUUUUGUGAUCAGCUGCUAGCUAGUUAGCUAGCAAUCUGAGUUAACGCGACGAGUUUGCUUCAGUUCGUAUUUUUUGGCUAACUUCUUUAACUACUUAAUUUCUUCAGCCAUUCACAAAGUGAUGUACAUCCACACUCGACCGAAUGUGUUUUCCCCUAAAGCAUUGUGGAUGGCAAGGUCACAAUGAUGGAGCUCAGUAGAAAGACAAUGCCAUCUGAAGGAUUGGUUUUUAAAUCUUCCCAUUGAAGACUUGGAUCGUGGUAGAUUUAGCAGAGGCUUGAGGGUAUGUUGAGACGUCUUGUGAGGCCAGAGCAGAGGCGUCUAGGUGGUUCAGACGGGGACUGAAGGCGAGGAGGAAAGACAGACGAGGGACCGGGAGGAAGACAUGGGCCAGUGUGUCACCAAGUGUAAGAAUCCGACAUCCUCGCUCGGCAGCAAGAGUGGAGAUAAGGAAAGCGGAGGAAAGUCCCACAAGAAAGGUGGCAGCGCUGGUGGUGUCGGGAGCCACAAAGAGGAUCCUGGCACCCAGUGUAGCAAAACCACCAAUGAGCUGUCAAAUGGCACCAAACCUUUAGAGGUCACAGUGGAGACGCCCAUCAUCACUGCAGGGGACACACGCAAGGAUGAGCUCCUGGAUGGAGACGGGCUGUCGGUCAAGCGCAUUGAGGAGCUGUUCUGCUGUUACAAAGAUGAACAGGAAGAUGCCAUCUUGGAAGAGGGCAUGGAGAGGUUUUGUAAUGACCUGUGCGUUGACCCGGCUGAGUUUCGUGUCCUGGUUCUUGCCUGGAAGUUUCAAGCAGCAACCAUGUGCAAGUUUACAAGGAAGGAGUUUGUCGAAGGAUGCAAGGCUAUCCAAGCAGACAGCCUCGAAGGCAUCUGUUCACGGUUCCCCUGCAUGUUGCUGGAGGCCCAGGGUGAGGAGAACUUCAAAGACCUGUACCGCUUCACCUUCCAGUUUGGCCUGGACGCCGAGGAGGGGCAGCGCUCGCUGCAGCGCGAAAUUGCCAUUGCCCUAUGGCGGCUGGUUUUCACGCAGGACACACCUCCGAUCCUAGAGCGCUGGCUGGACUUCCUUUCAGAGAACCCCUCAGGUAUUCGGGGCAUCUCAAGGGACACAUGGAACAUGUUCCUCAACUUCACCCAGGCGAUUGGGCCCGACCUGAGCAACUACAGCGAGGACGAGGCUUGGCCCAGCCUCUUUGAUACGUUUGUAGAGUGGGAGCUGGAGCGCAGGAAAAAAGAGGAGGAGCAGGCACUAACAGCAAAGGAGGAAGAGGAGAGGUGUACUGAGACAGACUGCUCUCCCACCUCAGAUAGACUUGAAACAGAGGGAAGCCGCGGCUCACAGACGUGGGGGGGCCACUGACCAGAAAACAAAAAAAUAUUUGUAAAGGAGGGAAGGAUACAACCUAUAUGAGUGAACUAUACAUCUGUGAAUCAAUGGAUGAAUAUUAGUAUUACCAUAACAGCUGUUCAUUUUGCUCCCCUUUUUCUGUUGGGGUGGGGUUUCUGCUUUUCCAACCCUGUUUUUUGGUUUUUCAAAGGGCUCCAAGAACUGUUGUGUUUAACGCACUUCUAUUUAAGUUAUUGUUUUAUUCUUCUGUCCUCCCAUAUUUGGGUUUUGUUUGUUUUUAGUAAUUGGACAAGAAGUCCAUUUUAACAUACAACUACCUACCACAAUCCAGCAAAAUUAGCUCUUUUUAAAGCUCUGUUUCAAAGGGCAACACACGAGGUUCCCCCCUACAAUUACAGAAAGUGGAUUUCGACCUGUUAGUACCACUCAUCUUGUACAAGGAAAUGGUUAUUGUAAUAAUAAUAAUAAUAAUAAUGAUAAUAAUAAUAAUAAUAAUAAUAAAGACGAAGGGAAAAUCGGGCAGCAUGUCCACAGAUAAUUUACUACCACACACAAGAUUUACCAUAAGGGUAGGAGUCAGUGAAAUUGGAUUAAUAUAGUUGCAUUGUAUGUUUUUUUUAUCUUGCAGUGCUGUGAAAUUUGAAUUGGUUCCACUUGAAUUGCCUUCACAACUGUCUGCCUGUAAUUACUCAACUAAUAGUAAUGGAUUACAGUUCUGUAACAAGGGCAUUUCAUUUUUUUAAAAAAUGAUACAAACUUAAGUUUCAAUAUUAGUUUUAAAUCCAAGUUGCUUUCCAUGGUAACAGAUACAACUUCUCAUCUGUGUUGAGUGUUUUUUUUUUUUUUUUGAGUGCUUACAGUGCAGCGAUCAGCUUAGCUUGUGUAAGCUGCUGCUGUACUCCGUUCUCUACCAUUUUGUUGUCCACCUAUUUUCAAGAAGCAGAAAAUUUCAUAUACAACACAAUGAUGUUGCCUUUUUUUCCAAUAUAAGGAAACCUGUAUCUCAACAAAUCUAUUAAAGCAAGGUCUUGGUCAUUUCUGGUCAGAAGAUGCCUAAGCCUGCGUUAUAUUCAGGAUCAUUACACUGGGCGCGACAUGAAGCUUUAUUGUAUAUUGUUUACUUUUGGGAGUUUGAAGCUUCACAUUCUUGAACUGCUAAACAAAAAUAAAAA